CAGGGCCGGUAGGCUUCAGGGCAGGCGAUGUCAGUCAGUCUCCCGUUAGCUUUCGUGGGAACGGGACGCCAACUUCCCACCUCCUGCGUCCGCCCCACGUGGAAUCGCUCGUUCUCCCCCUUCUGCUAGAUGCCAGUUUGUGUUCGCUGCGAACCGCUCGUUAUUCGCGGAAUAAGGCAUGACGACUCGAAUGGUAGUGGCGACUUGAGAGCCUCGGUCGGAGAUGUUUUUGACAGAUACAGGUCGUUUUGAUCACACGUGAUUGGCGAUCAUGUAAUUAGCACGGCGCUUCGUGAGAGGUCGUGGUGUUGACGAGAAUGAGUUGACUGACUCUUCGGAACCUUUCGGGAGGCGUUGCGUUAAGAGAAAGAUAAGAGAGAGAGAUAGAGUUAGAGAGAGAAAGAGAAAACACUAUAUUCUAGGUAUUUCAGUGCUUUCGUUCUGCAUUACACUGAAAAUUAACCCUACCCUCCCCCCCCAAAAAAUAAAAAUAAAUAAACAUCAUUGAGCGCCAGAGUAUUUGCAAUUGACGUAACUGAAAUAUCAAGUGGUGGUGUUGAUCCUUUUAGAAGAAUCCUAUUUUCUCGCCUCCAAUCCUUCGUAGUCCCAUUGCAAGGCCCCACGAAAAGUCCUCGAGGAUGAAGAGGAUAAUCCGACAGAUUGCCCACCUACCAGGAGUCCUAGGGAUCCUUCUGAUAUUGGUGGAUGUGGCUGCUGGUUUAGGCGUAAGCUGGGAUUGGCAGCGGUGGUGGACGUACGACGGAAUCUCUGGGCCACAAUUCUGGGGCCUGAUCAAUCCCGAAUGGUCCCUCUGCAGCAAUGGACGACGCCAGAGCCCAAUCAACCUGGAUCCGUCCUUGCUUUUGUACGAUCCAAACCUUCGCCCUCUCCAUAUAGAUAAGCACAGGGUGAGUGGCGUGGUGAACAACACGGGCCACAGCGUCGUGUUCACCGUCGACGAGGAAGAGGAAGACCCCGCUCAACAACUCGCCGGCGGGAUGGGCAUCGCCGGUGGGAUGACUGCGGGCAACAGCAUAGACGUCGGACCCAGCAUUCCGCUCGGGCAUGGGCUCAAUACCCUCCCCAACAGCUUGGGAGGAUUAGACCCGAGCUUGGGCGGCGAUUCCGUCCCUGACGGCACCGGGGAUUUCGGUCGCUCGAGGCACCAUAGGAACGCGCCCCUCAACAUCACCGGUGGUCCACUUUCCUACAGGUACAGGGUUGGGCAAGUUCAGCUUCAUUUCGGCUCGAAGGAUUAUAUGGGCUCUGAACACACCGUAAAUGGAUCAGCUUUCCCAGCAGAGAUACAAAUCUACGGGUAUAACUCACAACUUUUCAAUAACUUUUCUGACGCUGUCUCGCGAGCGCACGGCAUCGUCGCCAUUUGUAUAAUGAUUCAGGUAGCUAACCAAGGCAACCCGGAACUCAGGCUUCUGACGGACGCCAUGGAGAAAAUCCGAUACUCGGGCAGUUGGACGCCGGUAGAGCACUUGAGCAUACACGGCCUCCUGCCUUCCACCAAGAACUACAUGACUUACGAAGGCUCGCUGACGCAGCCGCCGUGUCACGAAACGGUGACAUGGAUCGUGAUUAAUAAGCCCAUCUACAUCACUAAACAGCAGCUCCACGCUCUGCGGAAGCUCCACCAGGGGACGAAAAAGUCGCCGAAGGCGCGAAUGGUCAACAACUUCCGGCCGACGCAGCAGAUGUAUCAUCGGCCGUUGCGCACCAAUAUCGACUUCUCCAACAGCCGACAGCUGAAUUGUCCUUCCAUGUCUAGGCAAAUGUAUUAUACAGCUAACACUUGGAGGUAGUGGAGCAGUUUCCUCAAGUAGCUGCAUUGAACUCGGCUCGCAAAGCUCAAGAAGAAGAAGAAGGAGAAGAUGAUGAUGAUAAGGAGGAGGAGGAGGAGGAGGAGGAGGAGGAGGAGAGGGUGGGAGGACCCACCUUCAUGGCUUGAAGCGUCGUCUCCACUAGGACAGCUAUAACUGCUAUUUGACGAAUAUUUCGCACAUUCAGAUUACGUGGUCGCCAUUCCAAAGAUGAUUUGCAGUGUUUUUCAGUGUUAAGGAUUCCCAAUCAUAAACCGUUUCUCGAUUGUAUCGUUUAUUGUAAUAAUCAAAACGAGCCUCCUCAUCGACACGCGUCGUAUAGACAGACAGACAGACAGACAGACGCCCAUUUUUCUACAAAAAACGUCUCCUGGAACAGUUUAGUUUCAGACGGGAAAAAACAAGGAAGUGAAGCAAACGGAAAACUAGAGCGGAAUUUUUCCACACAAAUGACGUUUGUUUUGGGAAAAUGAGAAGUGGAAGUAAAGAAACUAUAUACUAGAUUUGUACGUUUCCGGUCAGAGACUGUUGAAAAAUAACCGGGCCUCAUAGAGAAGCGUAUAUAUAUAGUAGAACUUGAAAGAUGGAAAAGGAAUAUGAUGCAAGAAAGCGAAAGAGUCACAGUAACGCAUAAGGUCAAAGGAGGGGGGUGGGGCGCGGAGGUUGGAACAUAGAGGACGAAACAUUUUUUGCGACGGGAGGAUCUGUCUUGAAGAGAGGGGUGAAAUGGUAAAGUUAUUUGCGAAGGUGAUAAAAGUCCCCUAAAGCAACACUUUUGAAAAGGAAAACAGAGGAAAAUAAGUUUCCCCGCACAAGGGAAACCAUUUCAUGAGAGACAAAAUCAUGAUAAUUAUUGUUGUAUAUUUAUUUGCUUUGAUUUUAUAGUUUGGUGUUAUGGAUGCAACAGGUAAUGUGACUGAAACAGAAGAUGUGUAAAUGAUAGUAGAGUCACUCUCACUCACUCAAUCACCCUCUCUUUCUCUCUUUCUUGCAUUGCAUACAUACACACACACACACAGACUCACAAAACUGCCCCCUCUCUUUCUCCUCUCUCUCUCUCUCUCUCUCUCUCUCUCUCUCUCUCUCUCUCUCUCUCUCUUCCUCUCUCUCUCUCUCUCUCUCUCUUUCUUCUCUCUCUCUCUCUCUGUCUCACUGAUAGACGUGAGAGGUGCCUCACACUGAGGGACCUGGGGCAACCCGAACGAGCUGUAAGGUCUGUAAGGUAAGGCCUCUCUCUCUCUCUCUCUCUCUCUCUCUCUCUCUCUCUGUCAGUAUAAAGUGAUUUCUUAUUUAUGUUCAUUUGCACUGAAGUCUGGAAAAUAUAUAGCCGUCUUUCUGGAGCGCUUAGAUGCAAAAUGAAUUUGGAAAAUGUAAAGAGAUAUGUGGAGAUAACAGGAAAGUUCGAAACGCUCAAACACACACGAGGAAUUGUACGGAAAAUAAGUAAUAGGGAAAUAUAAGCGAAGCUAGAGGAUCUAGAAGUGAGGCAGAAAGUAAAAGGAAUACACAAAAAAAAGAAUGAUAAAAUUUGUUAAGCGAAUACUAUGGGAAAUAGAAAACUGAGAAGAAUAUAGUUAUUACAAUAGUUUGUACUUUAUUUUAGAAAUAUAUAUUUUAAAACAAAAAAAACUACUAAAUGGGUUUUCGUAUUAAAACGCAUAAUAAUCCUUUAAUUUAGAUUGCUGUCAUGUCAGGCUGUUCAGCAGAAAGGACUCUUGGUUGAAAAAUGAUUUUAUCAAUUUAGAAAAAAGAUAACAUUUUAAUUCAUGACAAGAACCCUUAAAGUAGAUAAGGUUGGUUAGUCUCUUUGAUAGGCGCUUGAUAGACAUUACAAAAAAAAGCAAUUUGUUUUAAUUUUAGAAACUUUGUGUGUUCAUGUUUCAUUCUGAUUUCCCAACGCCUCAGUUCCUGUUUUCAUUUAGUUUUUAUUGUUUACGUUUCUGUUUUACGUAAUUUCAUUAGCUUCUGUUCCUGUGCGAUUUAGUUUUCAGUCUGUGCUCCUAUUUUGUUGUGUGUGUGGCUGGCAUAGUCCUGUUUUUAUUCAGUUAGUUGUGUGUAUUUGCGAUCAUAUUUAUAUUUAGUUGUCAGUCUGUGAUCCUCUCAUGUUGUCUGUGACAAUUCUGGUUUUCUUUAGUCUUUGACUUGAGGUCCUAUAUCUACGAAGUCUACGCGACUCUCAUAUUUAAUAUUCGCUCUUUCAUGUUCAUGUAUAUCCGUCAUUUUCUUUUCGUUGACAAUAACGAGCCCCUGACAUAUCCCUAGUUAUUUCGCGCAUUUCGUUGUUACCAAAAGCCCUUUUCGCCGUACGUUUCAUGACGGAACCAGCGCUUGUUUACAUUGGCACGGGCUCCAUUUGUACACUCGACGAGUGUUCACGUUUCAUCGAUGUACAGGCAGAGGAACAAUGGAUGCAAAUCGAGUUUUCGAUAACGCGAUCCGCGUCGGUUGAAAAUCAUACGUUUAGGGGGAUUCAUUUGAAUUACCCGUCAUUUUAAUUCCAGUAAUGUGUUAUUUUCAACGCGAAUUAUUCGGAUGUCGAAAUACACACACACACACACACACACACACACACACACACACACACACACACACACACACACAGAUCCAUUGAAUGGGAAGUCUAGGUUAUUUUUUUUUUAACACAAUGAGCCAGGCCGAUCCGAUUAAGGUAAAAAGAAUGAAUAAUAAUUAGUCAGGCAAAUAGGAUUUAUAGAUUGAAUUUUACUGCCUUUUUUCCCCCCCUAUUUUCUAGUAUCAUUAACAUGGAGUGAAUAUAAAUUGGAUUGGCGAUUUCAAUGGGAGUGAAGUGUGGAACGCUGCUAUGUUUACCCCCAGCGUUUUGUUUUUGUUCGUUCUUUUAUUUGUUUAUUUAUUUUCAUUUUUUUUUUUGUGACUUUUGCUGAUUGACUGACGGGCUGAAUUAUAAUUAACGUGGGCUGCAAUUUAUGUCGAGUAUAUUGAGUUUAUAUCUAUGCUCUCUCUCUCUCUCUCUCUCUCUCUCUCUCUCUCUCUCUCUCUCUCUCUCUCUCUCUUGUGUAUAGAGAGGAUAUAGAGGACCUCAUUUUACGUGCUUUUAUGGG